UUGAGAGAACAGACCAUGUUUAAGAAAGCCUCGGAGCUUUCAAUUCUCUGCGACAUCGAAGUCUGUGUUAUAUACUAUGGCCGUGACGGAGAACUCGUAAAGACAUGGCCGGAAGAUAGAACUAAGGUUCGAGACAUGGCAGAGAGAUACAGCAAACUAGACGAGAGAGUGAGACGCAAGAAAAGGACCAACCUUUCUCAGUUUCUGAAUAAGAAGAUCCUCAACGACAAGAAGACAUCUUUUGAUAACAAGGACAACAAGUUCUACGAGAAAGUCUUGGAGAUGCAGGCUUCGUUAGAGACUGGUCUACGGAUGUUACAAGAUAAGCUGCGGUUACUCCAACCACAGAACCAAACAGAGUCAGAUCAGUGUCGUGCGGUGUCUUCUUCUACCAAGGAUCCUCAUCAACAAUGGACAAAAACAGAGCAAGACUUAUCUACGUCAUCAUUGAGUCAACAUCAUCAGAGCAAAUUCUCAGUCUUUCUCUAUAACCAUGGAAACGGUAGCUUCUGUCAACUCCCUGACUCUGUUUCUAGCUUUGACCCAUCGACGAGUACAACUUUACUUGGGACACAAGGAUCUGGUUUAAGAAGUAACUGCAACAACUUUGAUCUUCCCAUGGUGUUUCCUCCUCAGAUGCAGACACAGUCCUCACUUGUCCACUUUGAUCAGUUUGCAGGGUGGACUCAGCCACCGUCGUCUUUUGUAGAUCCAAUGAUGUUCUCUUGUUACAAUUGA